UUUCACUUCAUUCAGCUAGGCCCACACAAAAACACCCAAUAUAGUCUUCAGACCAGAAAGAAAAAAAAAAGCCCCCAAUAUUGUCCCAACAACUCCACGCUCUGCCGCCCGCCACCACUACCGCAACGACCACCAUGGUGCAACACCGGUUCCUCCUCGUGACAUUUCCGGCCCAAGGCCAUAUCAACCCUUCCCUCCAGUUCGCAAAGCAUCUCGUCCGCACUACUGGGGCACAUGUCACGUAUGUCACGAGCCUCUCUGCCCAGAGCCGCAUAGGGAAUGGCUCAACUCCUCAUGGCUUGACCUAUUCGCUCUACUCUGACGGCUACGACAAUGGAUUCAAAGAUGGCGAUGAUGUCGACCACUACAUGUCAGAGCUUAGACGUUGCGGCGCACAAGCGAUCACUGACCUUAUUGUGUCUAGUGCAAAGGAGGGCCGCCCCUACACUUGCCUAAUCUACACAAUACUUCUCCCUUGGGCCGCUGAAGCGGCGCGUGAGCUCCACCUCCCAUCCGUGCUCUUGUGGAUUCAGCCAGCCACUGUUUUUGACAUCUACCACUAUUAUUUUAGCGGUUACAAAGACCUCAUCCGGAAGAGUACUAGUACUACUCAUCCUAAUGGCGCUUUAUGUUCAAUAGAAUUACCAGGACUGCCGCUAUCCCUCGCCAGCCGUGACCUUCCCUCUUUCAUGGUAGAUUCAAAUCCGUACGGUUUCGCGCUUCCCUUGUUUGAAGAGCAAUUUGAGCUGCUCGAGCGAGAAACCAAGCCCAUCAUUCUGGUGAACACGUUCGAUGCGCUGGAGCCAGAGGCCUUGAAAGCAAUUGACAAGUACAAUCUGAUUGGAAUCGGGCCAUUGAUUCCAUCUACUUUCUUGGACGGCAAGGAUCCAUCUGACAAGUCAUUCCGCGGCGAUCGUUUCCAAAAAUCAGAGGACUCUUCGUACAUCGAGUGGCUGAACUCAAGGCCCGAAGGGUCCGUGGUUUACGUGUCGUUUGGAAGCAUUUCCGUUCUGUCGAAGCCCCAGAUGGAGGAAAUCGCGAAAGGAUUGCUGGACAGCGGGCGCCCGUUCUUGUGGGUGAUUAGAGAAAAAGAAGGAAGCAAUGGACGAGAUAAGGAGGCUGAGAAGGAGGAAGAGAAACUGAGCUGCAGAGAGGAGUUGGAAGAGCUUGGAAAGAUAGUGCCAUGGUGUAGCCAAGUGGAGGUUUUGUCAAGCCCUUCGUUGGGUUGUUUCGUGACACAUUGCGGGUGGAAUUCAAGCUUGGAGAGCCUGGUUUCUGGGGUGCCUGUGGUGGCGUUUCCUCAGUGGACGGACCAAGGGACCAAUGCCAAGCUGAUUGAGGACACAUGGAAGACUGGAGUUAGGGUGACACCAAAUGAUGAGGGGAUUGUGGCAGGUGAGGAGCUCAAGAGGUGCUUAGAAUUGGUCAUGGGAAGUGGGGAAAUUGGUGAAGAGUUGAGAAGAAAUGCUAAGAAAUGGAAGGGUUUGGCAAGAGAGGCUGUGAGUGAAGGUGGGUCUUCUGAUAGGAAUCUAAAGGCUUUCUUAGAUCAGAUAGAAUGAGACAAACAAAAUGAAGAAAGACAAAAUUAUGAUAUGGCUAAGAUGGAAGGGAUAUGGUCUGAAAUUAAUGAAUGGUUGUGAAUGUUUUGUGUCUUGGUUUGGUAGCUGGCUGCUUAGAACUUUAUAGACUCUGAUUGUCUUGUCAUUGUCAAUGUAAAACCCAACCGGUCGACUUUAGCAAACUGUCUUGUCAGCUUGCAUAUACAAUUAAAUGAACUUUUUUUAUCCUUUAAAAA